AUGUCAAACUUAAAUUCCACACAAAAUAUACCGAGUCUUGUUGAAUCUAAAUUUUAUCCUGGUGAUAUCGCAUGGGUUUUGGCUUCGACAUGUCUUGUCUGGUUGAUGAUUCCAGGAUUAGGAUUCUUUUACAGCGGGAUGGCACGCUGCGGACCAUUUAUUGGAAAUCUUGACAAUGCAUUUUUCAUGAACGUAUUAUCAGAUGUUGGACCAACACCAACAACAUGGCGUAUUCCGGAACUUGUAUUUGCAAUUUUUCAGGGUAUGUUUGCUGCAAUUACUCCUGCCAUCGCUAUUGGAUCAGCAGCCGAACGUACGAGACUGAUUCCUACCCUAAUAUUCAUCUUUAUAUGGUCGACAUUUGUAUAUGAUGUUAUUGCUUCAUGGUGUUGGUCUGCUAAUGGAUGGUUUUCUCAGCUUGGAGGACUCGAUUUUGCUGGUGGUACUCCUGUACAUAUUGCAUCUGGUUCAGCUGCCUUAGCAUUUUGUAUUUUUCUUGGGAAACGACGUAAUCAUGGGAUAGAUGAAUUCAAGCCACAUAACAUCACUUAUGUAGUUCUCGGUACAACUUUUCUUUGGUUUGGGUGGUUCGGAUUUAAUGGUGGUUCUGCAACGGCGGCGAAUAUGCGUGCUAUUCUUGCAUGCACAGUAACCAAUCUGGCAGCGUCAUCUGGUGGACUCACAUGGAUGAUAAUAGAUUAUCGAAUGGACCAUAAGCUAUCAGCACUUGGGUUCUGUUCGGGAGCUGUCGCUGGUUUAGUUGCAAUAACACCAGGAUCAGGUUAUGUGACACCUUAUUCUGCUAUUGCAUUUGGUAUUUGCGGUGGAGCUAUUUGUAAUAUUGCCGUUAAGUUGAAACAUGUUUUUGGAUUUGAUGAUGCUUUGGAUGUCUUUGCCGUUCAUGGUAUUGGAGGAUUGGUUGGAAAUAUUCUUACUGGUAUAUUUGCAGAUAAAAAUAUUGCUGCACUUAGUGGGGAAAAUAUUAUGGGAGGAGUUAUAAAUCGCAACUACAUCCAACUGCCCAAGCAAUUAUCAUCAUCUGGAGCAGGGUUUAUGUAUUCUUUUGUCAUGACUUAUAUCAUUCUUUUAAUCUUGAAUCAGAUUCCGUCCCUUAGGCUACGUUUAGAUUGUGACAGUGAAGAGAUCGGAACAGACGAAUCUGAUCAUGGUGAAUCUGCGUAUUAUUUUGUUGAAAAAGCAGUAAAUAGCUUGCGAAUAAUUCCAAAAACUAUGCCUCAACCAUUAUCACCACAAGAAACAAGUGAAAAUAUAUAUUAG